AUGUUUCCGGCGGCCAGGCUACCCCCAUCCUCAGGACCAGUGUUUUGGCCGGCCGGCAGUGGCGCCGUGGGUGGUGUAGCGGCGGGCGCCCGACGGUGCGUGGGGUGGGGAGGAGAAGUUCCCCCGCGCAUGCGCGUCGUGGAGCUCCUCCGGGCACCUGUGGCGGAGCGUCGCCUGCAGUCAGGCGUCAGUCGGCGUCGCUUUCGCACGUACCGCACCUCUGGGCGUCUGUUUCCGCGUCGUCGUCGCUGCGUCGAUCUGCUGGUCGGGACUGAUCCGGAUAACAUCAGCUGGAGGGCUACCUCGUCGCUGACAUUUAGCGAUUCGGUCGGGGAAGUUGCUGUGUCUCCAUUGGCAGCUGGAGUGGAAAUAGCUGUAGCCUGCCCUGUGACACUGGUAGCCCGGCAGAAGCCAACAGGCGAGCCGACAUCACCAGGGGUGGCCAAGCUCUAA